AUGUACGACCUUAUUCGCGACGCGCCUCUUGGCCAGGCGAUUCGUUUCCUCUCAGGAAAGCGGCUGUUUAAAUAUCCAGAAGAGGAUGCAGGCUUUGUAUUGCCACCGCAGUAUACGGCACGACUAAAAGAAGAGAAGUCCAAUGUCGGAAGCUCGCCAGACCAGGGGAUAUUUGAUGAUACCCAGACAACUCAGCAUCGCUUAGGCGAUAUCGAAAAUAUUGGGGGUGAGUGGAUGGAUGAGCAUGAUGUUCAUGGUGAGCGAGAAAUAGAACUGCAGCGCACGAAAUCCGUUCCAAUUGUUCCCGAAAAAACCAAUGACGGCGUCGUCCUUGUUGAUUGGUACACGACCGAUGAUCCUGCGAACCCACAGAAUUGGUCAAGGCUCAAGAAGUAUUGGAUCACUGGUGUGCUUUGCACCUACACAUUUGGCGUGUAUUGUGGUGGACCAGUAUAUGUGGCAUCAGCCUCAGGGGUUGAGCAACGCUUCAGCGUAGGCCCUGUUGCUUCUAGCCUGGGUCUUGCACUCUAUGUGUGUGCUUUUGGCGUGGGUGAUCUGAUCUUCUCCCCUAUUACCGAGAUCCCUGUUGUUGGGCGCAACCAUGUUUAUUACAUGACCUAUAUUGUCUACUGGGCGCUCUCAUUCGCUCCACCGGUCAUCAACAGCUUCGGUGGUCUGAUAGUCCUGCGAUUCUUAUUAGGAUUCUUUGGUAGCCCAGCGCUUGCUAAUGGCGGAGCUUCUGUUGGUGAUAUAUACAGCUUACUAUACGUCCCUUAUGGUCUCUGCUGGUGGGCUUUUGGAGGAUACCAAGGCCCUUCCAUAGGACCAUUGAUUGGUGGUUUUGCUGCUCAGGCAAAAGGCUGGAGGUGGCCAAUGUGGGAAGUUGUCUGGCUUUCGUCAAUCAUCCUAGUGCUGCUUUUGGCUCUCAUGCCCGAGACAUCGGCGGAUAAUAUCUUGUUACGCCGCGCACGCCGUCUUCGCAAACUGACCGGCAACCCUAAUCUGCAGUCUCAAAGUGAGAUCAACCAACGACACAUCAGCACGUACAGCAUUGUCAAGACUGUCCUCAUCCGACCGACUGAGAUUAUGCUUAAAGACCCUUCUGUCUUCUUCAUUCAUGUCUACACAGCAUAUUUCUACGCGGUUUUCUAUACAUUUUUCGAGGUCUUUCCGCUUGUCUUCCCGGUUAUAUAUGGAUUCAACGAAGGCGAGACUGGACUUGCAUUUGUAUCAUGUCUUAUCGGCAGUACAACCGCUUUAUUCUCCUACUUUGCAUACCUUUAUUUCUAUAUGAUUCCAGAUAAUAUCAAAAACGGCCUGCGAGCGCAAGAGCAUAGACUUGUACCGGCGAUCUUUGGCUCAGUUUUCCUCCCAGUGGGCUUAUUUAUUUUCGCCUGGACAGCCAGGGAAUCAGUUCAUUGGAUCGUGUGCUUAAUUGGCGUUGCUCUCGUUGUGUACGGAGAAUUUAUCGUCAUGCAGUCGCUGUUCAUCUAUCUGCCAAUGUCGUAUCCGCAAUAUGCUGCAUCUCUUUUUGCUGGUAACAGUGUUUUGAGAUCAACUCUUGCUGGUGGCGCCGUGCUUUUCUCCCGGCCAUUGUUCGUCAAUCUGGGAGUAGCUAGGGGUGUUUCUCUGCUGGCAGGUAUAAGUGUUGCAGGUAUCAUUGGAACGACUCUGAUCUACUUCUUUGGCGCGAAAUUGCGAGCCAGGUCUACUUUUGCCGCCAGCUAA